AUGGGCACCCUCAGCGCAACACGCACUUCCAACGGGGGUACUCCCUCUUUCGGUAAGCGUCACUCGAAGUCGCACACCCUCUGCCGCCGCUGCGGCAACCGCUCGUUCCACAAGCAGAAGCACACCUGUGCUCAGUGUGGUUACCCCGCCGCCAAGCUCCGCUCGUUCGAGUGGGGCCAGAAGGCCAAGCGCAGAAAGACCACCGGCACUGGCCGUGCCGCCCACCUCAAGUCGGUCAACCGUCGCUUCAAGAACGGUUUCCGUGAGGGCACCUCGGCCAAGCCCAAGGCUGCCGCCGCCUCGGCUUAAGCUCGUUGUCAUGUGAUAGGGGCUCCCGGGCAUGCAGUUUGAUGUAUCAUUCAUCGCAUAAUA